AGAGAAAAGUGUUUCCGGUGAAAAUGUGGAAUCCCUGGAAUUCAACUUAACCCAUUAGUUCGACCAGUGAAAACUAGAAUUAAUGUGUCUUGAUGAGUCAGAGAGAAUAAAUGUGAAGAAGGAAAUUUCCGUGUUUCACUUUAAGUUUUCACUACAGUAGAAGACUUGAAAAUAUGUCCAUCGAAGGCAAUUUUGGUAUUUUGGGGGAUUUUUGUUCACUUCGAACUUCUUUUUGCUUUAAUUUUCUACAAAUUGCAAUGAAAAAGACAGGAAAAACUAAUUGUAACUCAUAAAUAUCUCAAAUAUAGAGUGAUAAAUGUCGUAAAAAAAAUAAUUAGUAAUCCACAUUUUAAAAAUAAUUAAAUUUCAUGAUGAACAUUUAUGAUUGUUUACGAAGGUGGUUUUAUUUCCAUGACCAUCACUGUGAAAGUGAACAAAUAAUGGGUUAAGCGAUUGGAAAAUGCCUUAUCUAAUGAGUCGAGUGAAAUCCUUUUAUCUGCAACUGUUUAUUAAGUGCUCCAAUAUGAGAAAUAAUCUAUCAAGCGACUGGCUUUAUGGACUUUUUGAGAUGGUAAAAGUGCUAUCGUGAAAUGCUUAUAAAUUCCUCUGUAUUUUCCACGCUAUAUUGUUUACCAUCGUAUGUUUCUCGCCUGAUCUAUUUUAGAGUGGAAAAGUGUCGUUGUGUGAAUGAGAGCAUUGAAUAUAUUCCUCAUAAAAUUCUCCCUCUCCUGACUCAUGGCUUUUAAAGCUCCUUUUAGACUCUGCAUGCAGAACUGAAGGCUAUUUUUACUGUGUCUCUGUGUGCUGGCAUGAUGUGACUGAAGAGAAGACUGACCGAUGGAUUUAGAGAGCCACGUUUUUCAUCAUUUUCAAUUGAAACGCCUUCAAGUGCAAGUGUGGUUUUUCAUUCUGUGCAUUUUUGCUUCGUGACAGCGCCAAUUUUUCUAUAUACAUUCAGUGAGAUUGAGAGGAUUUAUUUUUUCCGCACAUUCUUGUUCACUCGAAGAUGGUGAAGCAAGGACCGCGUCCGCUGGUGAUCUGUGGCCCGUCGGGCAGUGGCAAGAGCACGCUGCUGAAGAAGCUCUUCAAGGAGUUCCCCGAGACGUUCGGCUUCAGUGUGUCGCACACGACGCGCAAGCCGCGCGCCGGCGAAGAGAAUGGCAUUCACUACCACUUCGUGAGUGUGGAGGAGAUGCAGGGCGCCAUCGAGCGUCGCGACUUCCUCGAGACGGCCACGUUCAGCGGUAACAUGUACGGCACUAGCAAGAGGGCCGUGCAGAGCGUGCAGUCCAUGGGCAAGGUGUGCGUGCUGGACAUUGAGAUUGAGGGCGUGAAGCAGAUCCGCAACUCAGAUCUCAAUCCGCUGCUGGUCUUCAUCAAGCCGCCAUCCAUCGGUGAGCUGGAGCGCCGUCUGCGGGGGCGCAACACGGAAACCGAGGAGAGCCUGCAGAAGCGCCUGAACACAGCCAAGUGCGAAAUUGAGUACGGAAGCGUUCCUGGGAAUUUCCACGUUGUCAUCCAUAAUCGGCACCUGAAGCAGGCCUACCAGGAGUUGCGCGACUUCGUGGUGAAGGAGCUGGAGACGCAGCGCGAGGAAGGUACUCAUGUGAUUCUAACCCGCUGUGAGGAAGUCGAUUCCUCCUGAAUCGCCUAACCCAAUUGCGUGUGUUUUGCCGGAGUUUUAUCACUUUGACACUAAUUGUUGCAAGAAUCCAACGGAAUGGAUGGAUUUUGUGUGCGUGUGUGUCAAUAUUUCACACUGGAUGCAAUAUUUGUGAAGGAAUUGGAGAGGAGAAACAUUCCAUGACAAUUUACUUAUAUUAACCCACUUAGAAGAAGAAACUUAGGAACAAGAGAACAAACAUUAGAAAAAAAGUAAUAAAGACACUUUAGAGCGCCUCAACUAAGGGCAAUUUGUAGGUGAUAUUUUUCCCCCCCUUUCUUGUAUUUCUAACACCCUCAAGAAGAGCCAUGAAAACCUUUACAUUCUUAGGCAAAAAGAAUAGAAAAAAAACACUAAAGACUAGAGACAUUGAAAAACAUGUUUUGCCAAAAAGCAAGUGAGUGUUGUGAAGAAUUUUGCUAACAAUGCAAUGCAGUUCCCAUUCGAGCAUGUUUAUUUGACCGAUUAUAUUUGCCCUCUUUAUCGGCGGUGUCGAUCGAAAAUAUGAUAUACUUUGUGUCUUGGCAGCGCCAUUCAUCAUCAAAGGUUACAAUUUCUCGGACCAACAGUGAUCAUCAUCGGCUAGAGAGAGAGAGAGAGAGAAUCCAAGCAAAAAAAUUUCCCAAAAAGCAACUGCAAAUUAUAUCGAAUCAUUUAUACACAAAUCAAUUGGUGAUGUCUUAAAAAAAAUGCCAUACAAACAGAUUUUGUAUUGAAAUAUGAAAUGAAUUCAUAUAUAAUUUUUAUACCUGCAAUGAAUUGAUGUAUUAUUAAUGAUUUUUUGUACAUUGAAAUUGAGAGUCAAUAUAUGUAUUUAAAUAAAUGUGUGUAAACUUAAAUAAGAUAAAUAAAAGGUUGAAAAUAAAGUUUGAUUGUCUGAAAA